AUGAUUGAAAUGGAGCAAUAUGUUUUGGCAGGUGAUUGUCCCAUUAAACUUCAGCCUGUUAAGUUAGCUGUGGAGUUUGGGGCUUCAGCCUCAGCUAACUGUUCCACAACCAUCAACCACCAUGGCAUGGGCUGGGAGGCAUCGGAGGGAGCAGUAGACAUGGUGGACGAUGUCCAGUUCAUCACCUGGAGGGUAGAGAGCCUCACACACUGGGACAUAGAACCAAUUUGCUACAUCAACACAAACGAGCAGUGCUAUCUCAGUCUCCCAGUUACUGUUUACAAGCGUCCAGACCGGGUUUCCAUCAGCACUGUGGGUCACACAGGGCCGAUGACUGAAGGCAGCCAGUACGAGCUCCAGUGUGAUGUUCAGAAUGUUGCUCCUGUUCAUCUCCUCACUGUGAACUGGUACAAAGGACAACAUCUAGUGAAAAGUGUAGAAUCUGAUCACCAUUCCUCCAUAACCCCAAUAAACUAUUCUAAUACACUCUGGAUCUCCACAAGCAAAGAUGAUGAUGGAGUUCAGUACAGAUGUGAGGCAGAACUGAAACUGGGACCAGAAGGACCUCAACCUCCUCCUGUAGUGACAUCAGAUCCUCUCAACAUUACAGUGCACUGUGAUUGUCCCAUUAAACUUCAGCCUGUUAAGUUAGCUGUGGAGUUUGGGGCUUUAGCCUCAGCUAACUGUUCCACAACCAUCAACCAACAUGGCAUGGGCUGGGAGGCAUCGGAGGGAGCAGUAGACAUGGUGGACGAUGUCCAGUUCAUCACCUGGAGGGUAGAGAGCCUCACACACUGGGACAUAGAACCAAUUUGCUACAUCAACACAAACGAGCAGUGCUAUCUCAGUCUCCCAGUUACUGUUUACAAGCGUCCAGACCGGGUUUCCAUCAGCACUGUGGGUCACACAGGGCCGAUGAUUGAAGGCAGCCAGUACGAGCUCCAGUGUGAUGUUCAGAAUGUUGCUCCUGUUCAUCUCCUCACUGUGAACUGGUAA